AUGCAGAACGAACAAGGCGCCUUUGACGAUCUUCCUCAAGGCAACUUCGAGUUCGGUCACGACUACCUGCUUCCGGCUAUAGAUGCUAUUGAGACCAUCGACGCCAUCGGCGCUCCCUUCUUCCCUGCGCAAGACGACCCAGACGAACUCGGUAAUCAAGAGAUAGUACUGGACGACGAUACCUCCUUUCCGUUCAAGACUCUUCUCGACCCGGCUUCCGCCAACAUUGAUCACCUCGACUCGACUACAGCGGAUAACCUUGCUCUGGCUCUUCCCCACGCAAACGAGCUCACGCAAGUGAUCGCGUCCCAAGUCCCGGUCACCUCCAGCAAAGUGAAGCAGUUGGUUAGCAGUACUCUCAUACUUGCGAACGCCUACAUCAACGCGGCUGCGAUACUGCGGGUACUCGCAAACAGAGCCAAUCCACUUGCCUACAUCCUUCACGUACCAGUUAACGUUGCUCUCGAGAUCAUCAUGACGCUCGCCUAUAUCGCCCCUCCAGAAAUUCGCCGUUGGGAUGGCUCUAACCUCGGUUGGCUCGCGCUGUACUGGACGUGCUCGGAUCUCCGACGGAUCAUGAAGAACAGCGGUCAUCUUUGGUCCAUCGUCUGUACGCAACUGCCACGCGUAUACUCCGAGUUACACGCACUUGCUGGAAACAUCCCGCUUGCGUUGAGAUUCUCGGCUGCCACUCCGGCUAUGCCACCGGCCUUCAGCUUCGGCACAGCCGCUGACAAGCGUCGCUUGAUGACCGUACUCCGAACGACGCCAGCGGACGCGUUCAAGAUAGUCGCAUGCGCCGAUCUUCGCUUGUGUGCGAGCACUAUCCUCAAAUGGCUCGCCGCUGCCAACACCGAAACGCCAACCGGACUUCCUCUACUAGAACGUCUCGAACUUGACGCGCCACUCACCUUCGACGCCAAGGGGGAUAAGGAUGCCAUUGACAGAUUCGCCAGACGUCCAUUCCACAACCACGCGCUAGUCACUCCCAGCCUUCGAUACGUCAAGUACAAGAACAUAUGUUACCCCUUCCACACGCCGCAGUUACGCAGUCUGAUUGUCGCGUACGACACCGCUCCACCUGUGCCCGAUAGUCCGCGACCUACGCUCUCGAACGUCAUGGGUCUCGUCGCUCGUUCCCAACGCUCUAUGACCCAUCUGAGUCUCAACAACGCGAUCGAUGAUGAAGAUGAGGAUCAGGUACCGGGCCCUCUGGCUCUGCCGUCUCUUCAGUUCCUCGAUGUCACCCAGAGGAACGUUGACAUCAUACACAUUUGCAUCUCGCGCCUUCACGUACCUCCCGACUGCAACAUCCGAGUGGAGUUCAAGUUGGAUCAAACUGAAGCCAUCGGAACCCAGUUGAGCGCCGUUUUCGGUCGCCUGCUAACGGACCAUUCCAGUCAUAAGGACGCUCGCCACCGACUUCUACGCAUCCGCUUUCUUGGUAGGCACCGCGACUGCACCCGGACGGAGAUUACAUGGACAUUCGACUACGCCAACGUAUACCGUAUCAGCGACUGCACCAAAGCCACUAGGACGUUUGUGAUCGAGACGCCCAUCCAAUUUACAUGGCUGUCUUGCCUGCGCGCAUUCGCCGAGACCUUGGUCUACCUUCACCACCCUCCCAUCAAGACAUUGAUCCUGCCUUCGUCUUCAAAGGCAUGGGAGAUCAAGUCUUUCCACGAACUCGACACGGAUGUAGUCCGUACGCUCUUCAUCAUCGGCACUGUUCAAUGGGUGUGGCCAUCGCCGCGAAUCACUUGGGCACUGGGAACGAACGCGGCAUGGGAGGUACCCAGCGGUUACCCGACCAUGUUGAACGUACCUUUCGCGCAGUAUCUUGAGGACAUGCGUACGGUGCAGGGGUUCGAUAUGACUCGUCUAUUGAAGCGCGAUUAG